AGGAUCUAUCACGGACAUGACUUCGUGGUCGUUUUCUUCACUUCAACCUCGCCACACUCGGUACAGGUUUGUGGAGGGCAACCUUUGAUCAUCCCGCGGUGUUUUCUUUUGUCUUUUUCGGGCUACGAGGUCGGUCGGGUCAGCCUUCACCGCGUAGUUAUCCUGGAUUGCCGGUAAUAGUAUCGGAGCGGCAGGAAGGGGGAUUAAGCAGGACAAAACAGCGACGACGCUCAUAAUUUUGUGAUUAAUUUUCAAGCUUAAGCGUGUUGCGGUCCUUUUCUGAUUUGAUUAGGAGCCUGGUAGAGUAAUUUGAAUUUUGAAUUGGAUCGCUGCCGUUUCUUUCUCUCUCUCUCUCGCUCUCAACAAGUGUGUAUAUGCCUGUAUUGGUUUGAUCGCCAGUUGCGCCGUCUGACGAGGUUUUAUAUUCCCCUGGAAGGGCUAAUCACUGCCGGACUUCCUUUCUAACUUUUAUUUACUCGUUCACAUCUAGCGCCUUUGUAAAGAUCUUUGAAACCGGCGAAGAUGUCGAUGCUGGUAAACUGCGGUAGGUGUCGAACACCCCUCGUGCUACCACCUGGAGCGAUGUCUAUUCAAUGCGCGCUUUGCCGGCAUGUUACGCCUAUCGCAUAUGACCGUGCAGCUCCUUCUCAUUCAACUCCACAAAUAAGUGAUCCUUACAGAAACUCUUCACAUGCUCCUCAGUAUACACCAACGCCUCCAAAUGUACAUGGUCGGAAGAAGGCUGUUUUAGUUGGCAUCAAUUAUUUCAAUUCACGUCACAUGUUAAAGGGGUGCAUCAACGAUUCAAAUUGUAUGAGGCAUAUGCUGACCACUAAGUUUGGCUUUCCUGCAGCAUCGAUCCUAACACUUACCGAAGAACAACCUAGUGCAGUGAUGAAGCCGACACGUUACAACAUGCAUAUGGCUAUGGUAUGGCUAAUACAAGGGUGCCAAGCAGGUGACUCCCUUGUUUUCCAUUACUCAGGUCAUGGUUCGCAACAACGCGACUACAGUGGCGAAGAAGCCGAUGGUUUUAAUGAAACCCUCUGCCCCGUCGACUUUGAAACGGCAGGAAUGAUUGUUGAUGAUGAAAUUAAUGAUACUAUCGUCAAGCCUCUUCCCCAUGGUGUGCGACUUCAUGCAAUUAUCGACGCUUGUCACAGUGGAACUGUUCUCGACUUGCCGUUUCUUUGCAGGUUCAAUAGAUACGGUCAAUUUACGUGGGAGGAUCAUCGGCCAGCUAACCGCCGUUGGAAAGGUACCAGUGGAGGACAAGCUUACUCUUUCAGUGGUUGUGACGACAGCCAAACAUCGGCUGAUACUUCGGCACUGUCAAAGAUCACGUCAACUGGUGCAAUGACCUUCUGCUUUAUUCAAGCGAUUGAAAGGGGCCACGCUCAAACGUAUGGUAGUUUAUUGUGCGCCAUGCGUGAAGCAAUUCGCACAACUAAGGUGAACUCGGGAAUGGGUACAGGGACUAUCACAAGCUUGAUGGAGAUGUUGGUAUCAGGUGGUAGCCUGACUGGUGGUCUCACUCAGGAACCGCAAUUGACGGCGAAUGAGGCGUUUGACAUUAACUCUCCUUUCCACCUGUAGGGUUAUCUUACAAUUUUCAAUCUUGAAAAUGUUCACGCUUGCGACAUCGGGUGUGAUUUUGUAAAGGGCUUGGGAUUUAGUUCUUCUGGUUGUGAUUUGGUAGUUGUAACACCAAUGUAGUGUAACUGAUGGGGGUUGAUGGUGUAGAAUAGAUGAGCACUCAGAGUCCGCAGUCGCGAUGAGUAUCCUUGUCAUGAGGAUGAGUUCCAAAUUAACGUGAAUUUGCUUUUGCUAUCGGCUUACCAAGUUUUGGAAUGCAGAACUUAAUGCUAUUUGCCAUCA